AUGGAUCAACCAAUAUUGAAUUUUGAAUCGGAAGAGGAGAGGAGGCAAUAUCAAAGAGCACAAAGAAGAGAGUAUCAGAGAGAAUAUCAAAGAGAAUAUAGGAGACGACAACGGGAACGUUUGACAGAUGAUCAAAGGGAAGAAGAAAGAAGAAGACAAAGUGAAGCUCGAAGACAAAGAAAUGCUAGACGAGCAGAAGUAACAAUACAAGAGUUGGAAUUUCUAAAUAGAGAGGAAGCUAAUAUUAUUACAAAUAGUCAUCAAAGAACAUCUCAACAACUCUCUCAUAUUGAAAGAGACCAAAGGCAACAGGUUGAUUCACAUUCAAGUGGGCAGUACAAUCAACCAUCAAAUCAAAAUAUUGAGUGUCAUCUUCAGAAUGAAAGCUCAAGGUCAAUAGAACGAGUUGCAGAGACACCUCGACCUAGAAGUCAAUUUGAGAAUAAUUUGGGUGCAGAAGGUGAUGCACAAAAUAGACAAAAUACAAAUGGAAUGAUUCGAGCUGAUUUUCAAAGAUUUCAAAUGCAAUUUCGACACCAAUUAGAUCGCUUUAGAAUGCCAAGCAUGUGUUAUUUUUGUCAAGAGUGUUAUCUGGGAAUUAAAGUAAAUCGUAGCUCACAAGGUCCUAUAUGCACUAGAUGUAGACAAGAGAGAGGAAACAAUAGAUUUUUAGCUUCAAACAAUAUGGAUCCCGGGCCACAACCAGAAGAGCUUGCAAGUUUGACUCAAGUAGAAGAAAUGUUGAUUGCACGUGUCAACCCAAUAUUACAAGUUACACAUGCAACAGGUGGUCAAUACAAAUACAAAGGACACACAAUAAGUUUUCCACAAAAUGUGGAACAUAUUUCAAACAUUUUGCCACAUACAAUAGAUCAUUUGCCAAUCAUUAUUGUUCGAAGAAGGGACCAACGUGGCACAAAUUAUAACUUUACAGUGAAUAGGGAUCGUGUGUACAAAGCACUUAAAUACAAAAUUGAGCAUGAUAAAUAUUAUUCUGAUGUCAUAGUUAAUGAGAAUGCUCUCAAUGAUCUAUCUAGCAAUUUUGAUGAAAAUAUUUUCAACAGAUUGAAGACAGUGCAUAUGGAAUUUGAUUCUGAUGCAAAUGAAAUCAUAUUUGUGAGUCCAAUCAUGGAAAUAGAUGAAGGUAAUACAAUUGACCACACAAAUUCAAUGGCUUCUAAACUACCUAAUGCUCAAAAAGAAAUGGAAUUAAUACAUGCAUGGAUUAAUAAUCCUGAUACAAAUCAAACAGCAUUGAUCGAUUGGCCAGCAAUUGGUACAUCUCCUAUCAAUGAGUAUGUCACAUUGGGAUUACUUGAUAUGGCAUUUCCAACAUUGUUUCCUGAUGGUAAAUGUGACUGGUUAGAGCCACGAAUGAGGCGAGUGCAUUUGCAUGAAUUUGUGAAACAUCUACUGCGGUAUAGAGAUCAUCGAUUUGGUCAACAUCCAAGAUUCAAAUAUUUUAUGAUGAACAUGAUUAUGAGACAUCGUGCACAAAAUUCAUCUGCAAUCUUUGUAAAACGAGGUUUUCAUGACAUGCCAAUCACUAUCAAUGAAUUGCGUCAACAUAUGGAAAAUAUGCCACAAUCCCAUUUGGCAGAUAGGUUGAUGCGGUUUGGAACAUCAUUGAGGGGUACAAGGUCAUAUUGGGCCAAAUGUUGUGCAGAAUUAAUAGACAUGCUUCAUCAAAUAGGCUCCCCUACGAUAUUCUUCACAUUAAGUGCAGCAGAUAUGUAUUGGCCUGAUUUGCAUGCACUAAUGUCGGGAACAUCACCAACCACUCCACGAGAAGCUCAAAAUUGGAGAAAGCAGAAUGUUAUCAACUACCCCCAUAUAGUUGCACAUUACAUGCACUUAAGACAUUCAAUAUUUAGAAAAGAAAUCCUAGAAAAAGGAAUGAAUGUUGAAGAUUUUUGGUCUAGGUAUGAGUGGCAACAUAGGGGGUCACCACAUGUGCAUGGAUUCAUAUGGAUGAAUGGAGCACCCAAUAUGGACAAUAUUGACUGGUCAAAUGAAGAGCAACGAAAACAUGCAGAAAAAUACUUUCAUUCCAUUGUUCAUGCAUGGAAUCCUAGAGAAGAUCCACAUCAACGAAAUAUACAGGCAUUUCAAAAUUUUCCUCUACAUCCAUGUCUAAAAAAUACAAGACAACUUGCAGAGAUAGAUAUUGAUAAGGACUAUGAAGAGAUCCUUAACUGUGUAGAACGACAUACAUUGUGUAGGGAGGGUGCAUGCCUGCGAAAAAAAAGAGGAAAGAUGGUUUGUAGGUAUAAUGCUCCUUGGCCUUUGAAUCUCAGUGGGUCCAAAUUAUAUGAAGAUAUAGAAACAGGUGAAAAAAAAUUUGAACCUGCAAGAAAUGAUGAUAGGGUGAAUUCACAUAAUCGUCACAUAUUGCAAUUAUGGAGAGCAAAUAUAGAUUGGCAACCUGUUCUUUCCAAACAUGCAGUAGUCAAAUAUAUUGCCAAGUAUGCAGCGAAAGCAGAGAAAAGCUCUGAAACAUAUCACCAGAUGUUGAUGCGCCUCUCCAACAUGGAAGACCCUAAUGAUUUAGCUGCUCGAGCAUAUAGAAGGCUUCUGACUGAAACAAUUAUUGAAAGGGACAUUGGUGCUCAAGAAACAUGUCACAUGUUGUUAGAACUUCCAUUAGUAGAGAGUAGCAGAAGAUUUGUUAAUCUAAAUGUCUCACGUGAGGUGUUCAAACCUAUAACUAUAAAUGAUGAAGAGAAUAAUGAAGAGCAGACAAAAUCUUUCAUUGAUGGAUAUAAAACAAGGCCUCUUUGUAUGGAAGGUGUCACAUUAAUUGAUGCAGCUAGAUCAUGGAUAUAUAAUCCUAAAAGAAAACGAGACAACAAAUGGGAACCAAGGGAAAGAGCAGCAAUUGUUAGAGUUUUUCCUCGGUUUGUAUCUCUUCCUCCACGUGAGUCAAAUAAAUGGAUUGACUUUUGUUUAUCAGAGUUAUUACUCUACAAACCAUUUCGUGACAUAGAAAGGGAUAUUGGUCAUGAUGAUGACUCUAUGAUAGCAAAUUGGGAGUCAUUUACCUACAAUCCUUGGCAUGUCGAACGAAUAACAAGUAUUGAAAAUGCAGAGGCUAAUACUGAUUCAGAAAUUGAAGAGAAUGAAGCUAUUCAGAGAAAUACCACAGAGCAUGAAUGGGAAAUUAUAUCUAGGCUACAUCAUGGUCAAAAUAUACAAUUUUCAGAAAUAGAUAUGUUGGGGAGAAGAGACAUUGAUAGACAUACAAAUUGGUCUACUGAUUAUCAAGGUGAAGAGUACACAACUACAGCAAUCAGUUUCAUAACUAACAUGAAGGAUCAUGGAUGUCUUAUAUAUGAUGAUAUACCCCAAUGCAUCAACUACAUGACCCUCAGUGAUAAGCAAAAAAAGGCAGUUGAUAUAAUUAUGACACACUAUCAGAGGAGUCAAAAUAAAGUGCCAUUGUUCAUGAUAAUUCAGGGAACAACAGGUACAAGAAAGUCAUAUUUAAUUGGUGCCAUCAGUCAAGCUCUUGAAAAUGCUGCAAUGCCAUCUCGUUCUCCCCUUCUAUUACUCGCACCAACAGGAGUUGCAGCGUUCAAUAUAGGGGCCUCUACAGUUCAUUCCAAAUUGAGAAUCCCAAUACGAGAUUUCACUCAACUACAGGGAACAAGACUUGCCAUUUUUCAAGAAGAAAUGGCGCAUAUCAAGUACAUUUUGAUUGAUGAAAUGAGCUUCAUUGGUCAAAACAUGUUGGAAAACAUAGAUUCUCGACUCCGACAAGCAUACCCACAAAGUGCACACCUAAGUUUUGCAGGUAUAUCUAUGAUUUUGGUAGGAGAUUUGGGUCAAUUGCCUCCGGUUAAUGAUAGACCUGCAUAUGCCAGUAAUAGACGGGCAAAGCUACUAUGGGAGGAAUUCAAAAUUGUGGUUACUUUAGAUAAAAUAUUCAGACAAGAUGGAGAAAAUAUUCAGCAACAAAGAUUUCGUCAACUUUUGACAAAUCUAAGAGAUGCAAACCCUCAAAUUGAUGAUUGGAAGCUACUAAUGAUGAGAACCCGUACUAACAUAGAUGUUGCAAGUAAUUCUGAAUUUGAAAAUACUGUCCAUUUGUUCUCCACAAAUGACAAUGUUCAUAGUCAUAAUAAAAAAAUGUUAUAUUCAUUGAGGCAUCCCGUUGCACGAAGUGUUGCAACAAAAGCAGGAAGUGUUAAUCUAGCAGAAGAUUUCUCAACUUGUGAACUUGAUCUAGAGUUAUUGAUCAGUAAGAAUUCAAGGGUCAUGCUAACUUCAAACCUUUGGAUACAAGCAGGUCUUGUAAAUGGAGCUUUGGGAUAUGUUCAAAAGAUUGUCUACAAGCCAGGAAGUGCUCCACCUGACCCACCGACAUAUGUGAUGGUUGAAUUUGAUAAUUACUCAGGAUUACCAUUUGAAGAUCAUCAUCCAAAUACAAUUCCAAUAACACCAAUACAAAAGGGCAGAACACUUCAGCUACCAUUGAGAUUGGCAUGGGCAUUGACUAUACAUAAAUCUCAAGGAUUGACUCUUCCAAAAGUAACUAUCGAUAUAGGACCAAGAGAAAGAACUGGAUUGACAUUUGUUGCAGUAUCUCGUGUAAAAUCUCUAGAGGGUUUGAGAAUAAUGCCACCAUUUACAUAUGAUCGUUAUGAGAAAAUGAAAAAGGGUAGACAACUUGCGAAGCGCAAGGCUGAGGAAAAUAGGCUCAAACUUUUGGAAGAUAAUUGA